AUGUAUUUGAAUUUUCUAUCUUGUCGAUCCUACAUUGAUUUAACCAGAUAUCCAGUGUUUCCAUGGGUUUUGAAGGGAAAUGCUUCAGAUUUUGAUGACAAUGAUAUUGCAUCAAUACAGAAUGAGAUUAAUUACAGAGACCUUUCUCUUCCCAUAGGAGCUUGUGGAACUGAGCAGAGAUUAGACUAAUUUAUUAAGAGAUUUGAAAAUGAAUAGUUUUAUUAUGGAACACAUUAUUCUAGUUAAGCAUUGGUGUCUUAGUACUUGAUCAGAUUGAGUCCAUUUACAGAAGCAGCCAUAUCUAUACAAGAUGGUAAGUUUGAUAUUCCAGAUCGACUGUUUAGAUCAAUAAUGAAAUCAUGGAUCGAUUGCAAUAAUGAGAUGGCUGAUGUAAGAGAGUUAACACCUGAGUUUUUUUAUUUGCCUGAGGCCUUCUUAAAUGUCAAUGGGUAUAAUUUCGGUAAGUUGUAAAGCAGUCAAAUAGUAAACAAUGUACUAUUACCAUUCUACUCUAACAAGAAUGCUUUUUAUUUUGUUGCUCAAAAUAUGAUAGCAUUGGAGAGUGAGUAUGCAAUAAAGUUAAAUGAAUGGAUUGAUUUGAUUUGGGGAUACAAACAACAAGGAAGUGCUGCCGUAGAUUCAUUCAACGUAUUCUAUCCAUUGACUUACUCAAACUUCGAUGAAAAUAGCAUAGAAAUCAAUGAAUUAGCGAUGGAAACGCAAAUAGCCCACUUUGGAUAAACACCAGAGUAGAUCUUCUAUAAACCACAUGCUCAAAAGAACUAGAUAGUAGAUAAGACUUAGUGGCAGACAGUAAAGAAUAAAAAGUCAUAAAGCAAAUUGAUCUACUUGAUUUGUAAUAAGAGCAAAGUGGUGAGCGUCCAAGAGGACUUUACAUUAAUUUAAUGGUAGAUUGUUAAAAAUUAGUAUCAGUUUCAAUAGGAGAAAUAGGUGUAAUUGCCAAAGAUUAAUUUUGAUGCAAUGAUCAAAUAUGUACAAUCACCCAUUUUAGUAUUGAUUGAAUAGUCAAUAGUAUUGUUUGGUGGAAAUAACAAUGGAACACUUACAUACUAUAGUUUAGAUAAUUUGAAGUUGUAGGGAGUGAUUGAAUUGGAAAGUGAGAUUAUCAACAAUCAUUGUACGGUCACAGUUCUAGCAGCUAACAAGCAACAGAAUAUCGUGAUACUGGGAACUAAUAAGGGUUUUGUGUACUAUUACAAUAAAUUGCUGUAAGGUAAGUAGGACAUAAAAUAGGAGGAGUUGCUUAAGGGUAAGUACGUCAUCUAUGACACAACUUCGCAAAUAAAUUCAAUAGAAAUUUCAGAAUAGCUAACCAUCUUUGGUGUUGGGACUUAGGAUGGAACCAUAUUCUUAUAUAAUUUGUACAAUCGCACUCUCUAUAGAUUCAUCAAUCAUCCGAAGGGGUUGCCUAUCUUCUACUUAAAAUUGAGUUAUUCUCCCUUACCUUGUGUGUUGUUUAGUUCCCAUGAUGAGCGGAUUGUGGCUUAUUCAAUCAAUGGGUUCUUGUUGCAAUCGCUGCAAAUCAAGGGAAACAUCGAAUAUAUGGAAAUCAGGAAAUCUGCCAUAAAUACUUUGAUUGUCAUCACAGACAUAAACGUUUUUGAGUAUCGACUGCCCUUUUUGGAUAGACUGUCGGUGGUGCCUGCCCAAAUUUGCACAAGGUUUAUUUAGGCAACAAAACAAAUUUCAAUUUUUGGUUGUAAAUCUGGUGAUCUGCGUAUAAUUUGA